AUGUCAUCCCGACGUCCGCACCCUUACUUCCCUUUUUUGUGAAUUUUAAAUAUAUUUCCUUUUCAUUUCCUAGUAUAAAAUUCAUAGAAAAUCGUAUUCAUUGAGAAAAAUUCUAAAUAAUUACCAGAUAUUAUAUUACAACCUUGUGAUUGACGUGGAAAAUUAUUGCUAUUUUUGGAAGUUUUAUUGAAUUAUAAUUGAUAUAUUUAUUCAGAAAUACUUCUAAAUAUCUGAAAAUUCGUAUUUUCUAGUUUUAUAAAUUUUAGAUUUGUGUGAUUUAAUAUACAACGACUAAGUCACGUCAAUACUGAAGGAGGGUAACAAUUACUAAACAUUUCCCUUGAAUUUAUUGAUUUUGUAUGCAUAGUAGAAGAUCCUUGCAUCCAAGGCUAGAAAAUCCUUUCAUUAUUUCAUUCAAAAAUAAAAAUCUGAAAGAAAAAUUAAUUUUGAUGGAUCUUGAAGGAAGUACAGGUCAAACUUUCUUGAAUCUUUCUUGGGUCAUGCAGGUUAUUACAUAAAAUUUAUUCAAAUUUUUUCAAAAAUUUCUAAACCUCUCACCAUGCUAUUAUCUAAAGAUGUGCCUUUUAAUUUUGAUGAGAAAUGUUUUGAGUCUUUUUCUGAAAUAAAAAGAUUACUUAUUGAGGCACCCAUUUCACAAGCUCUUGAUUGGUCCCUUCCCUUUGAAAUAAUGUAUGAUGCAUCGAAUUAUGCAGUAGGGGUCAUUCUAGGAUAGACAAAAGAGUCAAAACCCAUAGUAAUUUCAUAUGCUAGUAAAACUAUAUCCGAUGCUCAAUUAAAUUAUACCAUGACUGAAAAAGAGUUGUUAGCUGUAGUAUUUGCAUUAUAAAGGUUUAGAUCAUAUAUUUUGAGAGCUAAAAUUAUUAUUUAUAUUGAUCAUGUAGCAUUAAAAUCUCUAUUGAAUAAGAAAGAUGCAAAGCCACGUCUAUUAAGAUGGAUUUUAUUGUUACAAAAAUUUGACUUAGAAAUAAAAGAUAAAAAAGGUUUUGAGAAUGUUGUUACUGACCAUCUUUCUAGAUUAAGUGAUACAGGAAUAAAUGCAGCACCUUUACAAGACACAUUUCCAGAUGAACAAUUGAUGACAACUCAACAUCAACCAUCACCAUGGUAUGCACAUUGUUAAUUUUCUGAUUUCUGUAAAAAUUCCAGAAUAAUGGAUAAGAAUAGAAAACAUCAUUUCUUUCCUAAGAUUAGAAAUUAUUUUUGGCAUGAUCCUGAUUUAUAUUACUAGGACAAUGAUCAAAUUUUAAAGAGAUGUGUUCCUGAAGAAGAAUAUCAUAGCAUUAUUAACAUGUGCCAUUCAUCUAACUAUGGAGGGCAUUUCUCUAGAUGAAAAAUAGCUGCAAAAAUUUUUCAGUGUGAUUUUUAUUGGCCUACAAUCAUUAGAGAUCCUAUAGAAUUUAGUAGAACAUGUAUUUCAUGCCAAUCUAUAAGUAACAUGAGUAAAAAAGAUGAAAUGCCCAUGAUUAACAUGUUAGUAGUUGAAAUUUUUGAUGUACGGGGAAUAGAUUUCAUGGGUCCUUUCCCAUCAGCUGAAAAAUAUGAAUAUAUUUUACUUGCUGUUGAUUAUGUGUUGAAGUGGGUGGAAGUUAUUCCUACUAGAACUAAUGAUCAUAAAAUCGUGAUGAAAUUUGUGUAAGAAAACAUUUUUUGAAGAUUUGGAUGUCCUAGAGUGAUUAUUAGUGAUGGAGGAACACAUUUUACAAAUAAACAUUUCAAGGAACUGUUGAAAAAGAAUGGAGUACACUAUAGAGUAGCCACUCCAUAUCAUCCCCAAACAAAUGGACAAGUUGAAGUAGCAAAUAGGAAAAUUCAGAGAAUUUUGAGAAAAAUAGUUAGACCAGAUAGGAAAGAUUGGCCCACGAAAUUACAAGAUGCAUUAUGGGCUUAUAGAACAGCUUAUAAAAAUCCUAUAAGUAUGUCCUCAUUUUGUCUCAUUUUUGGAAAGCCAUUUCAUCUUCUUGUGGAAAUAGAGCAUAAAGCAUUAUGGGCUAUAAAAAAUUUAUGUAUAGAUGAAAAAUCAGCUGGUGGGCAUAGAAUUUUUCAGCUACAUGAACUAGAGGAAUUGAGGAAUGAAGCUUAUGAAAAUCAUAGAAUAUAUAAAGAAAAAACUAAAACUUUUUAUGAUAAAUACACUAGCAGAAAAUUUUUUGAUGUUGGACAAAAAGUGUGGUUAUAUGAUUCUAGGCUGAAAUUAUUCCCAAGAAAAUUAAAAUCCAAAUGGAAAGAGCCUUAUGUGGUGGAAGAGACAUAUGAUCAUGGGGCUGUAACGAUUAAAGAUCCUAAAAGUGAUCAUAACUUUCAAGUAAAUGGACAACGGCUUAAACAUUAGAUAGAAUAUGAAUGCCUUGUAGAAAAAUAAAUUUUAUUAUUAAAAGAAAUUCAAGAGUAAGAUCAAGGAGUCCAGCUAGAGACAUUAAAUGUAGUGCUGCAUGGGAGACAACCCAUGGUUUUUAUUUCAUUUUGUUUGAUUUUUUGUUAAGCUCUAUUUUUUUAAGAAUUUCACAGUACUUGUUUCUGUAUUUGUUUUUUCAAAAAAGUGUAGGAGUGUAAGAUGAAGUGGAAAAUUAAAAACGAGGUUGAGGUGAUGUCUUUCUAAGCUUUAUCAUUUAUGAAAAUAUUUUUAAUGCUUAACUUUGCACAUAUGCAUGUUUCACUUGAAAAUUAUAUUUUCUCCAUAUUCUAUUUCGAUUUUUCUAUGUCAUUGAAGACAAUGUCAUUUUUCUAUGUCAUUGAAGACAAUGUCAUUUUUCUAUGUCAUUGAAGACAAUGUCCAGAAACCAGAAAAUUAACAAUAUGUGCAUACCAUGGUGAUGGUUAAUGUUGAGCUGCCAUCAAUUAUUCAUCUGGAAAUGCGUCUUGUAAAGGUGCUGCAUUUAUUCCUGUGUCACUUAAUCUAGAAAGAUGGUUAGCAACAACAUUCUCAAAACCUUUUUUAUCUUUUAUUUCUAAGUCAAAUUCCUGCAACAAUAAAAUCCAUCUUAAUAAACGUGGCUUUGCAUCUUUCUUAUUUAACAUAUAUUUUAAUGCUGCAUGAUCAGUAUAAAUAAUAAUUUUAGCUCCCAAAAUAUAUGAUCUAAACCUUUCUAACGAAAAUACUACAGCUAACAACUCUUUUUCAGUCGUGGUAUAAUUUAAUUGAGCAUCGGAUAUAGUUUUACUAGCAUAUGAAAUUACUAUGGGUUUUGACUCUUUUGUUUGUCCUAGAACGGCCCCCACUGCAUAAUUCGAUGCAUCACACAUUAUUUCAAAGGGAAGGGACCAAUCAGGAGCUUGUAAAAUGGGUGCCUCAGUAAGUAAUCUUUUUAUUACGGAAAAAGACUCAAAACAUUUCUCAUCAAAAUUAAAAGGCACAUCUUUAGAUAAUAGCAUGGUGAGAGGUUUAGAAAUCUUCGAAAAAUCUUGAAUAAAUUUUCUGUAAUAACCUGCAUGACCCUAGAAAGAUCUAAUCUGUUUUAUUGAAUUUGGAGGUUUCAUUUUAGAUAUAAUAUCAAUUUUUGCUCUAUCCACCUCUAAACCCAUUUUACUCACAAUAUGACCCAACACAACUCCCUCUUUAACCAUAAAAUGUGAUUUCUCCCAACUCAAAACUAAUUUUUUCUCUAUGCAUUUCUCAAGUACAUGCUGUAAAUGAUUUAAGCAUUCAUCAAAUGAUUCGCCAAAAACAGAAAAAUCGUCCAUAAAAAUUUCCAUGCAUUUUCCAAUCAUAUCAGAAAAAAUAGACAUCAUACAUCUUUGAAAUGUGGCUGGAGCAUUACACAGACCAAAAGGCAUGCGUUUAAAAGCAAAAGUACCAAAUGGACAAGUGAAAGUUGUUUUUUCUUGAUCUAAAGGGUUUAUAUAAAUUUGAUUAUAACUAGAGUAUCUAUCCAGAAAACAAAAAAAGUUUUUUCCAGCUAAUUUUUCUAGAAUUUGAUCAGUAAAUGGUAGGGGAAAAUGAUUUUUUCUAGUAACUAAAUUUAAUUUUCUAUAAUCAAUGCAAACUCUCCAACCGGUAGUUAAUCUUGUUUGUAUUUCAUCCCCAUUUUCGUUUUUUAUAACUGUGAUCCCUGAUUUUUUUGGCACUACUUGUGUAGGACUAACCCAUUUGCUAUUUGAAAUAGGAUAAAUAAUAUCAGCAGCUAGCCACUUUAAAAUUUCCUUUUUUACAAUUUCCAUCAUCUUAGGAUUUAAUCUUCGUUGUGGUUCCCUACUAGUUCUAGCCCCCUCCUCUAAAUAUAUAUUAUGCAUGCAUACACUCAUAUCAAUGCCCCUUAAAUCGUCCAUUUUCCAGCCCAUAGCUUUCUUAUUUUUUCGAAGUACAUCUAAUUAUUCUUCUUCCUGUUCAUCACUCAAAUCAGCUGCAAUAAUAACAGGAAAUGAAUUAUUUUCCUCCAAAAACAUAUAUUUUAAACUAGAGGGAAGAGGUUUCAACUCUAAAUUCAGAUGAUCUUCCUCUUUCUUUUCUUCUAAAUUUAUAUUCUCUAUUUCCUCUAAUUCUUUCAGCACACAGUCAUCAAUAACAUCUGGAUCAUCAAAAUCAUCUAGAAGAUCUAUGGUAUGACAAUCAUAUACUUGGGAUUUCUUAAGAUCAUUUGAUAUCUCAAAAAUUUUAAUUUCUACUGAUUGAUCUCCACAUGAAAUUUUCGCAAUACCUGUGGGAAAAUCAAUAUUCAUCUUUGCUGUAUGCAAAAAUGGUCUCCCUAAGAUGAUUGGUGUAUCAUAAAACUGUCCAUUAAAAUCCAUUUCCAGUACUACAAAAUCAGCUGGAAAUUUACACCCUUUAAUUGUCACUAUCAUAUUUUCUAAAAUACCUUUAGGAUGUUUUAUGGAUCUAUCAGCAAAUUGUAAGGUAACAGUAGAAGGUUUAAGAUCAGAAAUAUUAAAUUUAUCACAAAUACUUGCAGGUAAUAAAUUAAUGUUAGCACUGGUGUCAAGUAAUGCAUUCUGAAAAAUGAAUCCACCAAUAUCACACGAAAUUAAAGGGGCACCUGUAUCUCUCAAUUUAUAUGGUAAUUGAUUUAAUAAUAAUGCACUAGCAUGCAUAGAUAAUUUUUCUACUCUAGGUGCCCUUUUUGGUGUACACAUUUCUUUCAAAACUCUAGCAUAUUUAGGAAUAUGUUCAAUGGCAGUAAGUAAAGGAAGACUAAUUUGCACAUCUUGUAAAAUUUUCUUUAUUUCUUCAUUGUGUUCUUUUUUCUUUCUUUGUCUAGGCUCUAGAGCUUUAGGAAAUGGAAUGGUUGUCCUCUCUUUCGAAAUUUCCUUGGUAGAAUCUAUAAAAUCCUCUUCUACUCCUAUUUGAUUUUGUUUUGGGUUGUCCACGUUUUCUUUUUCUUCUAAUGUUUGGGGAUAAGGAUCAGGUAAGAUCUUACCACUCCUUAAUGCAUUCACUGUCCUAACAUUUUCAUUUCGUGGGUUUUUUCCUAGAUUCAUGCUACUAGACUCCCCUUGCUGAAAUCCUAUUGUUGGGCGGUUCCCUGGAUUUUCUAUGGGCUGACUAGGUAGCUGUCCCUCUUCUCUCUUAUUCCCAAGAGCCUCUAUAAUUUGUUUCUGGUGCAGCAUCAUUUGGUUCAUAGUUUGUUGCAUCAUUUGGCUCAUUUGCUACAUCAUUUCCAUAGCAUCAGGUUGGAUUUGAGAGGACUGAUUUUUCUGAAAUCUGUUUUCUUGUUUUGGACGAAAUUCAGAGUUUGAAUUGGGUCUAAGUGCUUCUGGAUUUUGAAUAUUAUUUGGGUCUCUCUAUGAAAAAUUAUUCCUCCAAUUAGGAUUAUAAGAAUUUGAAAAAGGUUCCCUGUUUCUAUUAAAACCGUGAGCUACUUGCACUUGUUCUUGCAUAGGGUGAAAUGAUUGAUCUAAAUUAUAACAUUGAAAUUUAGAAUAAUCGUUUUCACCAUACAUAGGACAUGUACUAUUCGAAUUAAGUUGAGGGUUAAAAGGCUUUCUAAUAUUGUCAAUAAGUAAAUCAAUUUUUUCUAAUCUUUGAUUAAUCUGGUUAACCUCAUUUCUAAGUUUAGAAUCAUCAUCAUGAUGCAAUUCAUAAAUUCCUCUCUUCUUAUCCCUGUCGUAUAAUUCAAAAGAGGCUUGAUCUCUAGAAUUUUCACUUAAAUUCUCAUAAAAACUAUAAAUCUCAUUAAGAGUUUUCUCCAUAAAAGCUCCUCCACAUAUAGAAUCAACCAUAUUUCUAUGUUGUUCUAAUAAUCCAUCAUAAAAAAUUCUAUUGAGCUGCCACUUGGGUAUAGCAUGAUGAGGACACUUUCUAAGUAAAUCUUUAAAUUUUUCCCAUGUCUCAUGCAAAGUUUCUCCUGGUCUUUGAGAAAAACUCCAUAUAUGUUUUCUCAUAUUUUGAGUUUUUCCUAAGGGAUAAAAUUUUCGAAGGAAGGCCUGUUCUAUAUCUUUCCAGCUAGUUAAUUCUCUAUCUAAUGUGGAUAGCCAAUGACUAGCUUUGUCCCUAAGUGUAUGAGGGAAUAAUUUCAUCUUAAUAAUUUCUGGUGUAACUUGAGGGAGAUUAACUAAAUCACAGACCAUAUGAAAUUUUUCUAAGUGCUGAUGAGGUUCCUCUAAAGGCAAUCCAUGAAAAUUAGGGAGCAUUUGAAAAAUUCGUAGAUUUAUUUCGAAUUUAACAGUGGGUUCUAAAGGGACUCUAAUAUUGGAUGCUCUUUGAAAUGAAUUAGGGAUAUAAUGAUUUUUCAUGGCCAUAGGAUUGUUCUCAGUUUGACCUGUACUUCCUUCAGGAUCCAUCAAAAUUAAUUUUUCUUUCGGAUUUUUAUUUUUGAAUGAAAUAAUGAAAGGAUUUUCUAGCCUUGGAUGCAAGGAUCUUCUACCAUGCAUAAAAAUCAAUAAAUUCGAGGGAAAAAGUUAGUAACUGUCACCCUCCUUUAGGAUGCUCCAGUCCUUGCCGUGCUUCUUUUUGUUCCCUUUUUCUAAUAAAAAUUGGCAAAAAGAAAAUAAAAUAAGAGUUAAGUUUUUUUUUUUUUUUUGUACUCUAAUAGAAAAACAGAAAAAUACUAAAUAUUAUGCAAUACAUCCCUGGCAACGGUGCCAAAAUUUGACGUGACUCAGUCGUUGUAUAUUAAAUCACGCAAAUAUAAAAUUUAUAAAACUAGAAAAUACGAAUUUUCGGAUAUUUAGAAGUAUUUCUAAAUAAAUAUAUCAAUUAUAAUUCAAUAAAACUUCCAAAAAUAGCGGUAAUUUUCCAGGUCGAUCACAGGGAUGUAAUAUAAUAUCUGGUAAUUAUUCAGAAUUUUUCUCAAUGAAUACGAUUUUCUAUGAAUUUUAUACUAGGAAAUAAAAAGGAAAUAUAUUUAAAAUUUACGAAAAAAAAGGAAAUAAGGGUGCGGACGUCAGGAUGACGUCAGCGCCCGGCGAACGCGAAUCAGGCGAAAACAGAGUUCCGCCCGACGAUUCUUACGUAAGUGAUUACAGACGAUUUAAUUAAUCAAAUUAAGAUCUGUAAAAGCCGGAAGAAUCGUAAUUGAACGAAGUAUAGUUUGGUAAAUUAAAAUCACAUAAAGUAUCACUAAAUGAAGCGUAAAUUAAAUUGAACGCAGGAAAACAGAGUUCCAGCGUCGCGACGGCAAUGCGUCGGCGAUGCACCGGAAUCCUGAGCAUUCGGGAGGGUCGUCGCGCAGUGUCCAUGGCCUCGAAGGCUCUCCUUGGACAAAGACGACGUGGGCAAUCUCUAGAUCUUCUCGCGAAGUCUAGAGAUUAAUGAAAUGGAUCGUCGAGUCGUCUCCGGCGGCUGUCACCCGGUGGAGCGGAAAAACGGCGACUUUGCGGCUCUCUGGCGGCUGUCACCCGACGGAGAGGAGCUGGAUGGAGGUGGGGCGCGUGUCAGGGAGCUUCAUCCUCAGGUUCGCGCAGCAAGAGGAGGCUCUUCAUUGCAUCCAGUACGCUCUCAGGAGGUGGCAACUAGUCUCCCGGCGGAUCGUCCUCUUCCCGACGACGGCUUGUUCGUCGAUCAAUCAGAGAUGAUUUACUCGAUGGAUUCGCGAUCCUUUUAUCACGAAUCAUUCAGCAAUUUUAGUAGCAAUGCUCCGCGAAUCACAUUGACGAGAUUUUCGCUGAUGAUCCAGCGAUUCUGGUUGCUUAAUCCUUCACCGGCAAUCUGCAGGAAAGUCGCGAUAAUCAGAUAAAAAUAUAUGAAUUUUGACUCUGGGAGGAUUCGAACCCGCGCCGGUUGUUCGCCCCCUUCUGAGGAAGGUGUGACGCGGGUUUAGUCCCACAUCGGUAGUGCGCCAAUUUUUCAAGCAAAUAUAUAGUAAUGUUAGCUUUCUAAGCAAAGUUCCUUCUCUCGCGUGUACGACCACUCCUUGCCCCACAGCCGGCUGGCCACCGGUGACGUGGGAGGGGAGUGGCACACACGUGCCCUUAUCGGUCCAAGCCGCUCGAGCCCCUGCUCGCGGCUACUCCCCGACUGAGCUUCCGACCCGCUUGCGGGCCCGGCUGGCCGGCGGGUCCCCCUAUUUUGCAAUAUUUUAG